GGUUCCAGGUCUGGGCGCCAGGAGACGCUGCCGCCUCAGACGAGGGAGGGCUGUUGUGGGCGGGAGUACCCGAAUAGGUCGGCGUGUGUCCCCAGGAUGCUCGAGGCUUACCUCUGCCCAGACUGGGGUGGCUCUCGGCGCAAUCUGUCAAGCUGUUGGACCUGCCGUCCCCGCUCUGACCAUUGGCUGGGAAAAGUGGAUCUGACAGAUGUUCUCAGAGCCCCGGAGCCAGGGCGGAGCGGGGCGGCGGCUCCCACGAUCCCAAGGCUGCGCACCUGCCUCCUCCCUCUCCGCCGCCGCCACCUGAGGGAUCGAGAACAAAGGUGCUUUGUACAGGCCGCAACCACCUCAUUACUUCGUCUUCGGGACUGAGGCUGCUUGGGCCCCCAGCCCAGAAUGAAGGUGUGGGGCGGCAAAGGACAAACGCCAAUCCCAAAGUGAGCAUACUAGCGCGUCACCUAAGGCUCUUUAGAGAAGGUGGUCCCAAAAGCUGUGCGGUCCCUUACGCUCACACUAUCCCUAGAUCUGCAAAGAAAACGGGGCAGUGUAUGAAGGUGGUUGGACAGGCUUCACGGAUCCUCGUUCACGCCUCGCUUUCCCCUAUCCGGGCAAAGCUUAUGUGUCCUUAUGUAAAAUCUUCCAAACUUCUAAUAAGGCAAUCUACCCUGCACUAAAGCAGACACGAAAGGCCUGACCUCCCUAUAAAUACUGCGGAUGGAAGACGCCCUUCCUUGCAGUGCGGUGCAGCCUCAGCGGAAGCUUAGUGCCAACCCGGCGCGCACUGCGGUGCACAGAGGGUUAACUGGAGUUGGCGCUGGGUGAAGAGGAGGAGACGCGCUCCCAUUGGCGGAAAGUUAUCCAGGGGCGGGUCUGUGAAUCUGCGCACCCCACCCCGCUGUCCACAACCCCCCACUUCACUUUUGUACCUUUCUCGCCUCGACUGUGAGGCGGGCCGGGACCUGCCGGGCCAGACCAGACCGGACCUCGGGGGCAAUGCGGCUGCUGCCCCUGCUGCGGACUGUCCUCUGGGCCGCGUUCCUCGGCUCCCCUCUGCGCGGGGGCUCCAGCCUUCGCCACGUCGUCUACUGGAACUCCAGUAACCCCAGGCUGCUUCGCGGAGACGCCAUGGUGGAGCUGGGCCUCAACGAUUACCUAGACAUUGUCUGCCCCCACUACGAAGGCCCAGGACCCCCUGAGGGCCCUGAGACAUUUGCUUUAUACAUGGUGGACAGGCCAGGCUAUGAGGCCUGCCAGGCAGAGGGGCCCCGGGCCUACAAGCGCUGGGUAUGCUCUCUGCCCUUCGGCCACGUCCAAUUCUCAGAGAAGAUUCAACGCUUCACACCCUUCUCCCUGGGCUUUGAGUUCUUGCCUGGAGAGACUUACUACUACAUCUCGGUGCCCACUCCAGAGAGUUCUGGCCGGUGCUUGAGGCUCCAGGUGUCUGUCUGCUGCAAGGAGAGGGAGUCUGAGUCAGCCCAUCCUGUUGGGAGCCCUGGAGAGAGCGGCACAUCAGGGUGGCGAGGUGGGGACACUCCCAGCCCCCUUUGCCUCUUGCUAUUGCUGCUGCUCCUGAUUCUUCGUCUCCUGCGAAUUCUGUGAGCCAAGCAGAACUUCCCUCUCACCCCAAAGAGCCAGAGCCCUCCCAGGACCCCCCAGAGGAGGAGGAAUCCCUGCUGCCUGCACUGGGGUACCAGUCCACACCGACAAGACGGAGCAUUGAUGGGGGAGAUCGGGGCGUCUGAGGUGACCCUUGCAGGUGCCUGUCCCCUCAUCACAGACUAAAGAAGAACUGCAGGCAGACCUGGACAGCCUGAAGCAGAGGCAAGACAAACAGGUGUUUUGCAGCUGUUCCGAGGGACUCAACCUAUCCCGCAGGAGGACUGGGAUUUGGUACGAUCAGAUCAAGCCAGCUGAGGGCCAAGGCUGAAGACCUGGGGACAGGUGGAUUGCUGGACCAGGGCAAAGAAGCAGCCCUGCCAUCUGUGCCCUGUGGACCUCUUCCCUGGGGCAGCACCUUGCCCCCCCCCCAGGGGGUCACUCGCUUGUCUUCUAUGAAGACGGACUCUUCAUGAGGUUAAUAUCAUGCCAGUUUGUAUUUUUAUAAGUAUCCAGACCAAACCUUCAAUAAACCACCCAUCUUUCUGUUGCCCUCC